GCCCUCAUCGCAGGCGGCGCAGAGCAAUGUUUUCAUGCCUGCUGACGACCCGCGGCGGACACUGCCAUGGCGCCCGUGAUGUCGCUGACGGAGGAGGGAACGUCAUAGCGUCGCGCUUUAUUUCGCCCCGGUGGAGAGUGCCCUGUGCGUCGCGUGUCCCUGCUUCGAACUGCGUCUAACUCAUCUCUGAACCGGCCAUGACCGUGGAGCAGAAUGUCCUCCAGCAGCAUUCUCAGAAGCAUCAGCAGACUCUACUAAACCAGUUGAGGGAGAUCACAGGAACCACAGACGUUCAGCUACUACAGCAGGCUCUGCAGGUGAGCAAUGGAGACCUGGCCGAGGCUGUUGCCUUUCUAACGGAGAAGAAUGCCAAGGUUCCUCAGCAAGAUGAGACAACUUACUACCAGACGUCCCAGGUGGCCAGCGACAGAUAUAUCAGCGUGGGCAGCCAGGCAGACACAAAUGUCAUUGACCUGACUGGGGAUGAUAAAGAUGACCUGCAGAGGGCUAUUGCCCUCAGCCUGGAGGAGUCCAGCCGGGCAUUUAGGGAGACGGGCAUCACAGAUGAGGAGCAGGCCAUCAGCAGAGUUUUGGAGGCCAGCAUAGCAGAGAACAAGGCAAGUCUGAAGCGUACCCACACAGAAGUGUGGAGUGAUUCACCCAACCCACAUGACAGGAAGAGGAUAGAUAGCUGCCCGGUGGGGCUGAAAAAUGUUGGCAAUACCUGCUGGUUCAGUGCUGUCAUACAGUCUUUGUUCAAUCUGCUGGAGUUCCAGAGGCUCGUGCUCAACUACUCUCCACCAGCCAGGGUCCACGACCUGCCUCGUAACCAGAAGGAGCACAGGAACCUGCCCUUCAUGCAGGAGCUAAGGCACCUCUUCUCCCUCAUGGUGGGGUCCAAGAGGAAAUAUGUGGAUCCAUCACGAGCAGUGGACAUCCUCAAAGAUGCCUUCAAGUCCAGCGAGUCACAGCAGCAGGAUGUGAGCGAGUUCACCCACAAACUGUUGGACUGGCUGGAGGACGCCUUCCAGAUGAAGGCUGAAGAAGACAGGGAGGGCGAGAAACCAAAGAACCCCAUGGUGGAGCUUUUCUAUGGUCGCUUCCUUGCUGUGGGUGUGCUGGAAGGUAAAAAAUUUGAGAACACAGAGAUGUUUGGGCAGUACCCGCUGCAGGUGAAUGGCUUCAAAGAUCUCCACGAGUGUCUUGAGGCUGCAAUGAUCGAGGGUGAGAUUGAGUCUCUGCACUCAGCAGAGAACUCUGCCAGGUCUGGACAAGAGCACUGGUUCACAGAACUCCCUCCCGUGUUGACCUUUGAACUGUCAAGAUUUGAAUUCAACCAAGCACUGGGAAGACCUGAGAAAAUCCACAACAAGCUUGAGUUUCCCUCUAUGCUCUACAUGGACAGGUACAUGGACAGGAACAGGGAUAUAACUAGGAUCAAGAGGGAGGAGAUCAGAAGGCUUAAAGAGCAUCUGACGCUGCUCCAACAGCGACUGGAGAGGUAUCUGAGUUAUGGCUCAGGCCCCAAGAGGUUUCCCCUUGCAGAUGUCCUCCAGUACGCCAUGGAGUUUGCCUCCAGUAAGCCAGUGUGCACUUCCCCAGUGGAGGAUAUUGACUCAUCGGUGCCCCCUGGUGGUACAGCAGGACAACCGCUACCCCCACCAAGCACGGCUGAGCAGGAGUCCCUGCCCCCACUAGAGAGCUCUGGCGCUGCUUCAGUUUCCACCACAGCUCCCACUGCAGCCCAGCAGAGAGUGCCUAUUCAUAAACCCUUUACGCAGUCACGGCUUCCUCCCGACCUUCCAAUGCACCCUGCCCCAAGGCACAUCACUGAAGAAGAGCUGAGGGUACUCGAGGGCUGCUUGCAUCGUUGGAGGAAUGAAGUGGAAAAUGACACCCGUGAUCUGCAGGGCAGCAUAACUAGAAUCCACAGAACCAUAGAGCUAAUGUAUUCUGACAAAUCUAUGAUGCAGGUGCCAUACCGGCUUCAUGCGGUGCUGGUCCAUGAAGGCCAGGCCAAUGCAGGCCACUACUGGGCUUAUAUCUAUGACCCCCAUCAGCGUUGCUGGAUGAAGUACAAUGAUAUCUCGGUCACUAAGUCGUCCUGGGAGGAGCUGGUCAGGGACUCAUUUGGAGGCUACCGCAACGCCAGUGCCUACUGUCUCAUGUAUAUCAAUGACAAGAAGCCCUUUCUCAUAGAAGAGGAGUUCGACAAGGAAACAGGACAGAUACUCAGCGGCAUGGACAAGCUGCCUCCAGACCUGAACCAGUAUGUGAAGGAGGACAAUGAGCUGUUUGACAAGGAGGUUGUGGAGUGGAACACCCUGCAGGCCCACAAAGCCCAGCAGGAGAAGCUGGCGCUGGCCACAGCAGCUGCUGCUGCCUUAGCAGCAUCCAGCACCUCCACCACAUCCUCCUCCCCUCAGCCCAUGAGUAUUGAAUCCAGCCCUCCAGACAACACAGUACCCCAGCAGGACCCAGAGUACAUGGAACAGCCGUCACCGACGAAUGACUCCAAGCACCUGCAGGAGGACACAGAGAGAGCCAUCUCCAGAGCUGCAGAGGAGCAAGAUGAGAGAAGCCCCGAAGCAGUGUUAAACGCUUCUGUCCCCUCUCCCACUUCCCCUCAGCCUGAGAUCCAGGUGAGCAACCCCUCCACCCCUCCUCCUGAGCUGGUCAUGGAGGAUGAGUCCCCUGGCCAGCGCACCAUAGAGGUGGCCAUUCCUAAUGUGGGGACCUUUGUCAUUGAGUCAGAAGAGGGGGGGUAUGAUGAUGAGGCAAUGAUGACCCCCAACAUGCAGGGUAUAAUAAUGGCCAUUGGCAAAUCCAGCAGCGUAUAUGAAAAGAAUGGGCCUGAGGCAGCUUUUUUUAAGGCCAUUAAGUUGGAGUAUGCUCGUCUCCUGAGAUUUGCCAAAGAAGACACGCCACCUGAGAAUGACUACCGACUUCAGCACAUCAUUGUCUACUUAAUCCAAAACCAGGCGCCCAAGAAGAUCCUGGAGAGGACUCUGCUCACACAGUUUGCUGACAGGAACCUGGCCUUUGAUGAGAGAUGUAAGAGCAUUAUGAACGUGGCACGUGCCAAACUGGACCUAAUAAGGCCUGAGGAGGUCAACAUGGAUGAAUAUGAGAUGUGGCAUCAGGACUACAGGAAUUUCCGGGAGACUACCGUCUUCAUGAUGACCGGCUUUGAGCUUUUUCAGAAGACAAAUUACGUGGAGGCUCUGAUGUAUCUGAUUUACUCGUAUCAGUACAACAAGGAGCUUUUGUCCAAAGGGCUGUAUCGAGGUCACGAUGAGGAGCCGCUUGGUCAUUACCGUCGAGAGUGUUUGCUGAAAUUAAACGAACAGGCGGCUGCCAUGUUUGAGUCAGGAGAAGAACCAGAGGUGACCACGGGCUUAGGAAUCAUGAAUGAGCUGGUGGUGCCCUGCAUCCCUCUGCUGCUGGUCCACGAUGCGGAAAGGGACCUGCUGGCCGUGGAGGACAUGAGGAACCGCUGGUGCUCUUACCUGGGCCAAGAGAUGGAAUCCAAACUCCAGGAAAAGCUCACCGACUUCCUCCCCAAGUUACUGGACUGCUCGACGGAGAUCAAAAGCUUCCACGACCCUCCCAAGCUGCCCUCCUACUCCACUCUGGAGCUGUGUGAGCGAUUCAGCCGCAUCAUGGCCGCCUUAGGCAGGGUGCCCGUCGAGGGGAGAUGAGCUCGGAGGCAGCCAGACGCCUCCUUCUUUUCACAGGCCCGACCCUGGGCAAAAAUCCAUGGACCUCUCUUAACCCAUGCCUUCCUUUAUAAUCCUGGGGUCACUCGCUUUCUAGCUGUUAUUCCUCUGUUUUCUCUUUUGCUGCUAUAGGUUUUAUCAUGAUGAAUAUUAUUUCAUUUUUAUUUCAAGCAAAACACAAAGGGGGAAGAGAGUCCGGACUGUUGAGAGGGAAUGAGAUAAUAUGAGAGGAUAAGUUGAUGGGGGGAAAGGACUGAGACUGCCAUGCUGCAGCGGUGGAAAGCACAUUCUGCUUCAGCUUUGGUAAAAAAAACAAAGCGUUUGAGGGUUUUUCAUAGUUUAUUACUGUUGUUGUUGCUGUUUGAUUCAAGCUUCUCCAUCCACGCUCAUAGCCCUUUCUAAAGCACCCGCCUCAGCGUGAAAAGGAUCCCCCUGCUGCUCUGCCUCCUGUUUGGUACAGUAUUACCACGUUUUGUUUUAUUUUUCUAAGGAAGUAAGGAAGAGAGCCUUCAGAUCUGUCAGCGGCUCACGGUAUCUCAAAUGGGUCUCAUGUCUCCGUGGACUGCGCCAGAAUGAGAUGUUUAAGUGCUGUGGUAGACAGCCAUGGACUUCCUGUGGCUUGUUAAUACAUCGAGAGAAUAAAAUUUUAUUUAUGGCCCUUUUAGGCCAAAUAAAAAAAUGUGUUUCCUUAUGUUGAUUUAUUUUACUUAACUUGCACAGUAAUAACUGACACUGGCAUUACUAUUACCAUAACACUUCACUGAUCAAAGUGAAAUGUUUUUCAUUUCAGACAAUGUGUGGAACAGCAAUGAGCAGUCAGCAGUGCGAGUACAGGUUCUGGAUAAUUAUCCAUUAUCCUGCUGUUAUCAUUCAGAUGGUAUUAUGAAGUUAAUUAAAAUCAGACCUUCAGUAACAAUACAAACUCCAGCAAACUCAAGCAAACAAGCAUAAGGCCAAAAUAAUAAAAAUAUAUAACAGACUUAAUUGUACCAGCUUGAAAAUGCUUCUUUUUUCUUCUUUUUAUUAAUAAAUCUUAGGCUAAUUUCCUGGAGUGAUAUUAAUUUCCAGGAACAUGGAUCACAAUACAACAACAAGUGAUGAAGACAGGAAACACCGAGGAGCCUUUUCAAAACAUUGCCACCAGCACCACAAGGAUCACAAGAAUUUUACUCCUCUAACGCAGAAGAAAAUAAUUUUGACUUUCGAUUUGUAUUUUGAUCUAAUUUGGUAUUUUCAGUAAAUUACACUUUUGGUUCAGUACACACAUCACCUGUUCUAUAGCUAUUAAUUAAUUUGUCGUGACACUAGUUGAUUUUUUUUUUGAGCUGAUUUUUUAUUCCAUCAAUAUGAUGAAGCCCUUGUUAAAAACUCAGUUGUACUAAAGAACACUGGAAAAAUUGGGAAAUAUUCCUAAACAUUGAAGUCCUACCUUCUAAACAUGUCACAAUAAGGUGAAUACAGUUGGAAGUCUUCAUCAAAAUUAAAAACUGAUAUCUGAACCAUCCACUUAAAUUUCAAAACGCUAUUGGCAGCGAGAAACUAGAGUAAAUGGGAAUAUUUAGACAUGUAUAAUAACACCAGAGCGACUUCUUGGUUAAAUGAAAAGCGUUGGAGGGGCGAUGCAUGAUCACACCCUAUGAACCCCCAUCAGGCAAUGCUAACUUGUAUAUAUUAAAUUUGACUAUGUAUUUUUAGAUGACAUACUUGUUUAGAAUGUAAUUACACUUUUAAAAGUUAUCAUUGCUGUCUUUGACCUAUAAGCUUUAGGUCGUGUAUAAUCCUUUAGGAUGCGGAGAUAAUGGUGUUUUUGAACUAUGCGUGAUGUUACUUUCUGACUUCUUUGGGACUUCUUCAUGACAUCACGUAUCACAUGAUGGUGAAUACUAUUCUGAUCAAUAUAAGCUUUAGAUUGUCUAUUUAUCUGCGGCGAUGUCUUGGAUUUGUUUAUCGGAAGAUAUUUGUCUUGACCUCGACUCUUCGCCGAACAGCUCCGAAAGUAAAUCGCCUGGAGAUGCGCUCCCAGGUAAUAUUCCCACCAAUUUUAGUAAAAAACUUCUCCAUGUGUUGAGUUAUUUUGUACACACAGACAGGAGUGCUUGUGAAGCUAUGCCAGUGCACAGGCCAAUAAGACGGUUUUGCUCCUGGAAACUAUGAUGUGAACCACACGAUACGUGUACGGUUUGUCUGUUCGGACAGAAGGCAGACAGAUCUGAGUUUAGAGGGACGGCUGUUUUAGGAUCACAAAAUAAUAACCCAAACUUUUGCACACACUCUAAUAACUUCAGGCUGACAAGCAGCCUUCCAAACACACUGACGGUUUGUAGCAUUCACGCCGGGUCUGUCGUUGGCUUGGGAAGAACUUCUGCUGACAAUUUGCGAUUGCUUGUGCAAUCCGUCACGUCUCUCUGUACCACUGGGCUGUCAGUUGGCAGCUUUUCUGCGAAAUUCGUGUCUGCUGGCUUUGGCCUCCUUUUUGAAUCAGUGAGCCACAAUAUCACUUCUUGAAACACUUAGACUGUCAACCCUAGUGCUUAUUGACAUGUCUGAUUUGAGUCUGCAUAUUUUUUUUGAAUGUAAAAAUGUUCCCAUCUGAACAGAGGUGAAAAUUCAGAUCCUCUACUUAAGUAAAUAUAUAGCAAUGUAGAAAAUACAAAAAAGUAGUUUAUAUGACAUUAUUAACUUAUUGUUGAUGCAUUCACGUAACAGAUAUUGUUCCUGUUGAACCUGGUGGAGUUGGAGCUAAAUACUUUAUUUACAGUUGGGUAGUGUAGUUGGUUCGUGGUCGGGCCGGUAGGGUCGGGGCCCCUCCAAGGGCCACGAGAUAAAUCUGGGGUUGUUGGGGGAAAAAAGCUUUGAUACACAAAUCUGUUUUCAUUUUCAGGACUUUUAGUAUUAUUUUUUUUUGGAAGCACUGGAUAAUUUUACCUCUUCAGGCAUGUGGAUGGUUAUUUAAAUGAAACCACGUGAAGAUCAUUAUUUGGUGUAACUGUUAACGACUUUUGGACAUCUGGAGGAGGAACCUUGUGUUUUUUUAAGAGGUCAGAAGCCAAAAACUUGUGAAAACACUAGUUUAAUCAUCAACAAUAUGUCUUAUAUAAAUCAUCUUAUUACACUUUUCAAAUUAUUCUACAGUAUAACAGGUAAAAACAAUAUUUCCAACUGAAUUGUUGUGGAGAAUUUUGACUAAUGUAGAAAAUUGUACUCAAUAAUUGUACUCAUGUUGAACUUUCUUACUUUCCUCCCCUGGAUAUUUGCAGCCUAAAUCUCAAAGUUUACCACUAACAAAAAACUUCCCAGUAACAGAAACACAGCAGCCUCUUCCUGUCGUCCCGAAUUCAAAUGUCUUUACCUGAAUCCUGCAGCAGAGGGGAUCUCAUUUGCUCUGCCGACUCACAUUUCUUCAUUGAAAACAGACAACUGGAUUACUGUUUUUUUUCUACAACAGUUAUUAUACAUACAGUGUUAAUAUUUGGACACAUUCAGGUUGUCAGACCUCUUUCAGUCACCAUGCGGAAAGCACCCACUGUCUGACUCCGGGCCUCACAAUCAACAAUCCUUCCUCUGCGUUCAGAUAAUCCUGAAGGGAAGUGAUGUGACUUGGAGAUCUGUCGGCGGUAUGUUGUCCUUGUUGUACCUUUGUUUUAAAAAUACCAAGGCAGGAAUAUUCAUCUGUAUUCUCUCUCUCUCUCUCUCUCUCUCUCUCUGUGUGUGUGUGUCAGAGAGAAGUUCUGUAAUAAAUAUCAGACUAAAGACCAGUUAAUUGGGGACAGCUUGUCCAAUGGGAGACAAAAGCUGUGAUUUUUGGGUCAGUGGUUACGGUCAGGGUUAGGGUAAGGCUCCGGGAAAUGAAUACAAGUUUAUGUAAUGUCCCCAAUAUUGACCAUAAUGGUGUGUGUGCGUGCAUGCGUGUGUGUGUGUGUGUGUGUGUGUGUGUGUGUGUGUGUGUGUGUGUGUGUGUAAAAAGAAAAAAAAAAUCACCUUUGAGUUGGCCUUUUUUAUAGACCCAUCAAAGCACACUUUGUUGGGUCACAAAUAUUUAUGGGACAUUCACUAUAAUUAUUGGCAGCAGGAUCCCCUAAUUUUGCUCAUUAUUUCCAUUGACUUGAAGUGGGGCGUGAGGCCAAGUUCUGUGAUGAUUAUAGAGGAGAACCAGUGGCAGUUUCUACAGUCCAUGAUACUGAUGGACAGGCUUAAUUGGUGGUUUGUACUGGUUUUCCAACUGCAUCCAAAUUCAAACACCACAGACCCACUUCAUGACCUGCAUUUGUGGGGGGGUGGGGUGGGUAAAACAAUAAAACCACUCUUGCCACGUCCCUCUCAUUAUGUAUUCAAUGAGUACAGUAAUUAUCGGACAAAGUAGUCAAACGCUGGUAAAUGUAAAGCGCCGUCUAUGCACACAGUCCGUAUUUUCUCAUUCAGGCAGACGUGUCACAUUUUCCAGCAGAUCCAGAAGAGAGCUGCAGUGACAAUGUCCUGCCAGGACAUACGUUUAGGUGUAUACGGUCUUUUCAAAACCAGGAUUUGUGUCUUAUUCACAAUGUAUGCACAUGUAUGUGCCAGGGUAGCCUGUAUUUACCUCCACCAAGGAGGUUAUAACUUCGCCUCUGUCCGUUUGUUGGUGGGGUUAGUAGUUUACUGCUUUACUUCUUCUUUUUUUUAAGAUACUGCUAAUUCUUUUUGACAUUGUCACCAGUUUCCCAGGGAAUAAUGCAUGAAUCUUCAUGGAAAGAAACAAGCAUAUUUAGGGGACUGAUAUCUGUUUGGUAUCAGGAUUAAGUGCUCCGGGAAAGCUGCUGAGCCGUCUGUUUCAUGUUGCAUUAGAGGCCAUAUUGCUUUUAUAUAACAAGGCUUGGCAGGAAGGAAAAUUUCUACAAGGUUGGAAACGAGCAGUUAUUCUGUCGUACCCAUCAGGAAACCAGGAAAAGAUCCCACCGAAUCUCUAACUGUGGACCAAUUGAACUGACUUCCCACAUGAGUAAAAUCAUAUAACAUAUGAUUACAUAAAGACUGACUUCUUAUUUGGAAGUAAGGAAUCGGUGGGUAGAGAAAAGGAAGGGGACAAUGGAUCCGAUGCUUGGCCACAGAUCAAAGGUGAGGGAGGGAAAAAAAAAUCCACAAUAUGAUGAUUUGAGAAACGUGUUUAUUCCUAUCUCGGUACACAUGAUUACGACAACGUCCAGGUUUGUGAUCCGUGUCUUGGUUUUUCACCAUCUGAGCGUCUAUAGAUAGAUCACAAACCUGGAUCAGGAGUUUACAAGCACAAAACAUUACUAGGACACACUCCGAAAACACUCUCUCGCUCUCUGCUGCUGCUGUUCCCUGUAAAUCUGCUGUGAUUAUAUGAUGUUUUUAUCUAUUUGUUGAUUUGGCUGUGAUGUGAAGACUGUUGUUUGUUUGUUUGUUUUUAAAAAUGUUUUUAUUCACUUUGUUUGAAAAAUUGAUCAAAUAAAGUUUCUCUCUCUCUC